CACAGCGCGGCGACCUUCAGCCACACAAAUAGGAAGAGAUUAUUGCGCACUCUUGAGUUUGUUCGUCUGCAUGGAGUGAAAAGCGAGAUCGUUUCUUUUUUAUUAUAAACAGACCUACAAUAUGGGAUUCACCUAAAUAUAUGAGCAGUUAUAAGCCAGCGGACUGUCUGGCUGAGACUUAGACACAUCGCGACCAGAGCUUUCUGAAUUACUGUCAUAUUACUUCAGCUCUUCUUCAGUAAGUACAUCAAUCAUCAUGACCCACAACACAGACAAGCAGAAAGCCUCCAGGUGCAUGGACUAUGGCAGUAUCACAGGAAAAGGCCAGUGGGAAAAUUGCCCUACCUGCCAGGGCUCAGGACGAAUAUCUAGAAGUGAGGAGGCCCAACUGGUGGCAGUUAUUCCAUGCAGUGACCAAAGGCUGAAGCCUAGUCGUACGAAGCUGUAUGUGUGUAUCUCGGUUGCUGUAUGUCUUCUGACCUGUUUCCUGAUCCUAUUCUUCCUCUUCCCUCGGAGCCUGGAGAUAUCUUCUGUAACUCCCCAGUCAUCAAAUGUUUAUUUUGCACCGCACUAUGUGCAAAUGAUUAUCACAAACAAACUAAAUGUCAGCAAUCAAAACUUUGUCACCACUGAGGCUCAUGAUUUGGAUCUACAAAUCCUGAUUAAUAAUAAUGUAGUUGGGAAGACCAGGAUGGCAAAUGUAACCAAAAUUCCCCCACGCUCACAGAAAUCGAUUACUGUUGUGACUAAUGUCACCAUUGAAGAAGAUGGCCUCAUUUAUUACUGUGAGACAAGUGCCUUCCGGCCCCACACUUUGUAUGUGCAGUUGCAAGUGACUAUAAAAGCCUACUAUCUGUCACAUGAAGAACAGCUGUCACGGGAUACGUUUGAGUAUAUCGAUUGUGGAAGAAACACUACCAUUCCUCAUACUCUUCCAUAAUUUCACUGACAUGCUGCAUACGAUGAGGUGUAACAUUAGAAUUCAAAGGGAAGAUUAGUAGCAAAUGCCAAAGCGAACCUAUAAAGCAAAUUGUUGGGCUCUAGCUAAUAAUUAUUAAGUGUAUUCACAGAGUAGCUUCUUAGUUACUCCUUAGUUAGUAAACAAGUUCUUUUAAUAGUACGAGUAUAAUUUUUUUUGCUGCUGAUGUUUGGAGCUUGAUUGACUUUACAUUUAAUCAGAGGACCAUCUGUAGUGUGAAGGUGCAUGUGCCCUACAGCACAGAUCCACAAAUUGUCAUAAUUAAGAUUUACAAUUUUUAUUCAUUCAUUUGUCUUUAGUAAGUAACUACUUUAUCCUGGUCAGUGUUGAAGUGGGUCCUGGGACCACUGGUUGAAAGGUGGGAAUUCAGCCUGGAUAGGACGCCAGUCGAUCACAAAGUUUGCACGUUGCAACUAAUAGUAGUUUUAUACAUAGUUUUUAAGUAAGCACAAAAUGGUUUGCAUUUUUUAUUUUUGUAUUUUCUUUUAUAUCAUGUUACUGCACAUUAACAUGUGCCAUGGAGCAGCAGUGAGGCUGGUCAUUCUCAUCACCACUGUUGGGAAUACUGUGUGGACUGAACAAACAAAACAUCCAGCAUUUACAAGGACAUUUCAUGGCUUUUGAUAAUUAUGAAGAACCUACUGAAAAGCUGAUAUAAUUAAAUGCAAUGCUUCCUUUAAAUCUGUGGUGUUUAACGAAAUGUGAAAUAAAACGUGGCAUAAAACAA